CGUCUCCGCUGUCUGACCCGAGAGGGAGGGCUCUGUGAACAGGGUGCAGCGAGCUGUCAAUAUUGUUCCGUGUGAAGUUGAGUAAAUGACUGUAUGGCUGCAGAUCUCAAUGGAAGUGAUUCCCUUUUAAAUCACGCCUUCUGCUUUGUUUUCGGUGCGUAAAACACUGUUUAAACGGCUUAAACGGCUCAUCAAAACGUUAUUUACAACUAUCACAUGAUGCCUCAUUAUAUGAUAAGUUGUAACUUGAGGCUAUAGGGAUGACAUCUUCCGGAUAGUGUGAAAUCGCCGAGGCUCUAAUUGAAGGGAUUUCUUCGUAGUGUUUGAUGCAUAAUAGACGUGGGAAUCAGUACGUUGUGGAGGAAGUCAAUCGCACACAUGUUGCAACUAAGCGCAACUUUCGAUUUGCAGCAGGAUGUUGUGUCAAGUAUAUUUAAGAAAGAGGCGACUGUAGGAAGAACCGAAGAAUACUCAGGGAUCGUUGACACUCGGAUCCUCAACAUUGAAAGGGAUGGAGGAGUCCUCUACUCCUGGAAAGGGGCAACAGGGACCACCAGGAUCGGGAAAUACGACCCCAAUACCAGACAGAAUAAGCUCCUCUACACAUUUGACAAGCAGGUGUGUGUCAGCAGCUGUUCUCUGAAUAAGGAGGAGACUCUGCUGGCGGUCAGUUUGGCACAGAGGACAAGAACAGAGGAGCGUCUUAGACCAGUUUCAAAAUGUCUGACCCUCCUCAUUGAGAUCCAUCCCAUUAACAACACUAAGGUCCUGAAGGCUGUCGACUGCCGGGUCAGAGUUCAGUUCAUCCAUCCAGACACAGAGAGGGACUCAGUGCUGGAGAGUCACCUGCUGCUGGUAGCAGAAGAUGGCUAUGUGGAGCAGCUCCAUGUGAUGCUGGUCAGACAAGAGGGUUACAGAGUGGUGAUGUUGAACCCAGAGUGCCUGGCCAAAGACAGGGUGGCAGAGGAGUUCAGCUGGGUCCAGUGGGACAGCCAGACACAGAGACUCUUCUACCUCACACACAGGGAAAAAGCUGUGCUGAAAUGUGUGCAAUUCUACCAUGACCAAAACUGUGAGACCUUGUUUGAGCUUGAACUGGAGUUGCCCUCUAACCCUUUCACCUGUAUGAGGUUUGUUAACCUGGGCUUUGACCAUCACCAAGAGACACAGCAUGAACGGGAGGAGAUGAGGAUGCUGGUGAUCACCAAUAAAACAGAGGGGAGUAUGUGUGUGUGUUACAGCCAGCCUGCUUGUGCCAACCAGGAGAUCACAUACACCAUAGUCCUGGUGCACAGAGGCUGCAGUAAAACGUUCUCAGUGGCUCUGGAUGGCACCCCUAGUCCAUGUAGUACAGACCUCCUCCCUCUCUUCAUCCCUAUAGGUUACUAUGUGGUAGUCUACCUGGCUGGUCACUUCCUGCACUGCAUCAACACCAGACAACAGGAGCUGCUCUGCCACAGUCUCUUCCUCUCAGGUGUUGAUGCAGAGCUGGGUGUGUUGGGAUCAGACAGUGUGGUGUUGUCUCUACCUGAGUCCUCUCUGCUGGACCUGAACACAGGCAGGAUGUACACUGUAGACCUCAACCCCUCCUUCCUAAUGGACCUACUCCACUGCAGCCACAGUAGACCUGAUGCUCAACGUCUGGCUGCCCUGCACUGUCUGCUGCUCUACAUGGGACCCAACGCUGCACUACAACUGAAGAUCAUAGAUUGGAUCUGUGACAAUGUCAUGCCGUUCGACACCUUCGAUCAAAUUCAGGAAUUUAUUCUGGCGUCACUGUACAGGAUCAUCUAUAAGAAGUGCCUCAGUCUGGAUGAAGUCCUGCCCUACUCCUCUGUGUUUGAGAAGAAGAAGGUACCUGAGGGUCUAGACCUGGUCCCUGGUGUCACCUGCACCACAGAGCUCCAUGCUGAACCAGUGUUCAAAGGAAAGGCCAGACGUCUCCAGGGCUAUUGGGAAGAGCUGCAGUGGAGCACAGAAAAGAUGAAGUACUUUGAGGCAGUUCCAAACCUACGAUACAGAGCAUCUCAGAGCCUGUCAGACUGGACCAAGCUGCUCACUACCCUGAAGUCGGAGAACAAGAAGGCUUCUAACUAUCUGCGUCACAUUGAGGAGAACACUAAACAGUAGGUGGAGAACGGAAGAGCGAAGGGUCUCUUGUGUGUUGCAGAAUGUUGUGUGUGUUGGAGGAAGCGUGUU